UACGGUGGUUUCUCUCGCACCAUAUCUCCCACAUCCCCACUCAGUGGUUUCGUCUAACCGUGAAUUCUUGCUCCACUUGCUCAAUUCACCAUCUUCCACCCUUCACUCGCUACCCUGCAGGAAAUAAAAAGGUGCAACAUAGAUUCAUCUCACUCACCACAAAGGCCAAGACCAUCGGAACAUUGCCUCUUCUUUGCUGCAGAUUCUUUGUAGUUGGAAGAAAUCCUGUGUAAACCUGCCAAAAAACGACUUUUAGUUCAGGAGGUAAAUCCCAGUUCCACAUUUGUGUCCAAAAUGAAUUAACAAGCUCCCCAAUCAGCCUCCUGUAGCAACUACGGACCUAGAAAAAACCUCCCGACUCCCACCACCAACACGGCUUGUCUGGCACUGCCCGUCGACUUAAAGUUGGCUCGCUUGGCUGGUCCUGUCUUUGACCAUCCCCUGUACGUCGAUCGCCGCGCUCCAGGCUCCAGGCUCCAUGCUCCAGGCUCCAGGCUCCACCAUCCUUCAUCCUCCAUCCUCAGGAAGACAAGCCUCCUCUAAUCUCUGCAAAAGCAAUAUGUCUUGUGAACCUUCAAUCUCUUCAGAGAAAAGAGGAGCCUCUCCUGAGGCAUUAGCUGAUGAAGUACCAAGUUCAAAGAGAAUACAAACCGUUGUAUCUGUUGCUGCAGGAAUACCAGUCUCUGCGCAGUUUACUCGGCUUGUUAAUGAUCCGUUCAUCAACAAUCUGGCUCACCAACUGGCAUUAGAUUCUGAUCUUGUUCGAUUGGUGAAAGAUCUCCUGGAACCCCUCCAAAAUGACAAUGAUGAGCAUGUUACUCUCAAUCUUGAUGCAUGGAAACGUUUUGCAUCAUUGCAAAUCUGGCAAAAUCAGGAACUUUGUAGUGCAUUAAAUCAGUGUUCGCUCCAGUGCCCACUCACAAUGAUAGACACUUAUCUAAAGCAAGCUGAUUUGGAUCAACUGUUUGAGGAAAAAAUGUCUUAUAUCAAGAAUCACCCCUCUUUGGAACUUAUAUUAGAAGAUAGAGAACCUGUUGCUAUGAUGAGGAUUGUCUUGAUUAUUUUGAUCGCAUUUUGGAGUGGAAAAGAUGUGCUUGGCAGUGACCCUGAUUGUAGAUUUGCGACAUCUCUUGAUAGUGAUCCUGAUUGUGAAUCUGCGGCAUCUCUUGACAGUGACCCUGAUUAUGAAUCUACAACAUCUCAUGACAGUGGCCCCAUGGAUUCAAGAUGGAGGUCAGAACUUGGCGAAGAAUUUAUGAUUGAUGAACUUAUUGAUGCUCAUACCGUCGAGUGUUUUGCUGAUAAAGUAUUAAAAGAUGAAUCAGUUGUUCAGCCUUUAGAAGCACUUCUUGAAACCCUGUACAAUAAUUCACAACAUACCUUAAGUAAUCGUGCAGUGGAACAUUUUGAGAAAGUGAAAAGUAUUUGGGGAAACCGUGACUUCAUUAGAAUCCUUCUGAAGGAUAAGAGUACCCCCUGCUCGAUGUUGAGAUAUAUGCGUGUAGCUGGCCGGAAAUUGACCGAGUUCCUUGUAUAUAAGAUCAAGGGUGAUCCCGCAUUUGAUGAUAUUUUUCGAUAUAUGGAACCCACUACUAUGAUGAGGAGUGCCUUGAGUAUUUUAAUAGGCUACUGGGCGAAUGAAGAAUCGAUUCUUCCAUUGGUUUAUGCAAUGGGUGGUCGUGCUUUUGGAGUUAAGAGAGUUGAUUUAGGAGAUGCUUGUCUUGGGGUUGUAAAGGAUAAUCAUCUUGUCUCGGGAGAAGAUAGAUCUGAGGAUAAAAUGUGCAUGGAGUCUCCAUCUUGCUCUAUCAUUGCUGACCUUUCUCAAGACACAUCCAUCAAGAAAUUGGCUGACCAACUAGUGCAGUUUCCACAAGCAGUUUCCAUGGCAGAAGAACUCCUGGAAUCUCUUAAGGAUGAUGUUCCGUUAAGACUUUCCCCCUAUCUCCACUAUGUUGAGAGACAUAGAUGUGCAGCACUAGGGUUUUGGUGUGCUCCUGUCAUCAUUCUGCAUCUAAUUAAAGAAUUGAAAGAGUCCACUGCACUAUUCAGCGUUUUUAACAAGCAUAUAAAAGGAGCGCAACUUUUACGAUGUCAGGAACGACUGACUCGUAUACAGAAAGAUCCCUUGUUGGGUUCAAUUCUUGAGAGCGAUCAUGUUACUAAGAUAAGGGGAGCCUUGAGUAUUCUAUUUGGGUAUUGGAGUGAUAAAGAUGUGGCUAUGCUGGUUAUAGUGUUACUUGCUCUUGAAGAUGAGGCAUUCGCUGAAGUUGACUUGACAGAAGAGAAUGUUGAAUUUCUAUAUUAUCUGACUAAUAAAAGUGGUGCUGUCGAGGGUUUGAAGAGUGUGCUAGCUGAUAAAUACUGUGAAGAUUCGGUGGAGUACACAAAUCUAUUUGAAAAGAUUAGGAUUAAAGAGCAGGACUCCAUGAAGUUUGAUAAUGAGAAGGAUCUGGCCAGCAUCAAAGUUAUAUUGAAGGAGGGUGACAUAAUUUAUUUCAGUAAGGGUGCUUAUAGUCGUAGAAAUUAAUUUUCUACUUGUAUUUAUGAGGGUGUUUAACUAACUCGGGUUUGAAAUGUAUUGCUACAUUUUAUAUCCUGAGUGGUCUAUGCUUAGUAGUUGGUACGUGCCUACGUGCGAAGCUGGUGAUUUAAACUUAUCUCUAUCAAAAUUCUUAAAGUUUCCAUUUUGAGGAUCAUUUGUUUGGGUGACUAGUCCUUUGUAUUUUCUUAUGCUAUGGUUAAAUAAUCAGUUUUUUUAAUACAAGGAUAGUGUAUAUCGUUUUCCUAUCUAAAACUCUAGAGCACCCCA